CGCGCACGCCGGGCGCGGGUGGACGGGACGGGCGCGUGGCCGCGGCCGUUGCCAAGCGGCUGUGUUCCGGCCGCCGUAGGGGUGGGAUCCUUAAAGGACCCUAGGACAUAAAUCUGUUUUUAUGUCGACAUUGAAUAAACUGGCUUCAUUGAAUAUUGCAGGGCUCAAGACAAAAGGAAAGAGGAGCAUACUAAAAUGUCACCUGAAGUUGCCUUGAACAGAAUUUCUCCAGCGCUCUCACCCUUCAUUUCCAGCGUGGUCAGAAAUGGAAAAGUAGGACUGGAUGCUACUAAUUGUUUACGGAUUACAGACUUGAAAUCUGGCUGUACGUCCUUGACCCCUGGACCUAGCUGUGAUCGGUUUAAGCUACAUAUUCCUUAUGCUGGAGAAACACUCAAAUGGGAUAUAAUUUUCAAUGCUCACUAUCCUGACCUGCCACCAGAUUUUAUCUUUGGAGAGGAUGCUGAAUUUCUGCCAGAUCCUUCUGCCUUGCAUAAUUUAGCUUCUUGGAAUCCUUCAAACCCAGAAUGCCUCCUGCUUGUUGUGAAAGAGCUUGUGCAGCAGUAUCACCAAUUUCAGUGCAGCCGAUUACGUGAAAGCUCCCGUCUCAUGUUUGAAUAUCAGACUUUACUUGAAGAGCCCCAGUAUGGAGAAAACAUGGAAAUCUAUGCUGGCAAAAAGAACAACUGGACUGGAGAAUUCUCAGCUCGCUUCCUCUUGAAGUUGCCUGUAGAUUUCAGCAAUAUUCCUACAUACCUUCUCAAGGAUGUGAAUGAAGAUCCUGGAGAAGAUGUUGCACUUCUCUCUGUUAGUUUUGAGGAUGCGGAAGCUACUCAGGUUUUUCCUAAGCUGUACCUCUCCCCACGUAUUGAACAUGCACUUGGAGGAUCAUCUGCCCUUCAUAUCCCAGCUUUUCCCGGUGGAGGUUGUCUUAUAGACUAUGUACCCCAAGUAUGCCAGCUGCUAACAAACAAGGUACAAUAUGUUAUUCAGGGAUACCAUAAGAGAAGAGAGUAUAUCGCAGCUUUCCUGAGUCACUUUGGAACUGGUGUGGUGGAAUAUGAUGCAGAAGGCUUCACAAAGCUUACUCUGUUGCUGAUGUGGAAAGAUUUUUGCUUCCUUGUUCACAUUGACCUACCCCUCUACUUUCCUCGAGAUCAACCAACCCUGACAUUUCAGUCCGUCUACCACUUCACUAACAGUGGCCAGUUGUACUCCCAGGCUCAGAAGAAUUACCCUUACAGCCCCCGCUGGGAUGGCAAUGAAAUGGCCAAGAGAGCAAAGGCAUAUUUCAAAACGUUUGUCCCUCAGUUCCAGGAGGCAGCAUUUGCCAAUGGGAAGCUUUAGCUUGGGCACGGAGGUGAUACUGGACGGAUCCUUCAUUCUGCGCAUGUCAGCCGACAAGAAUAAUGCCUGGAAACGGGUUGGACUGUCUUGCUUAGGUGCUUUCCUGCCUCUGAAAUGGUUUUGGUAGCUUCAGUUGUUGUCAGAUUUCUGAAACAAAGACCUCACUAGCAUGCUUAAAACUGAAUAUCUGAUAGUCAUACUGUCCCUUGGCCUCUGCCACCACCGUUCCUUUCUAUAUCUACUGGAUUAAAUUUAAAAGGUGUGUCUUGAUGUGAUAACAUUUUCUUGUGCCAACAGUGUCCUGUAUAUUAUGCCUUGUUUCCUUAUCUUUAGAUGGUGUAAAUUGGAUUGGUUUUUUUUCCACAGAAAUAUAAUGUAAUUUGUAUAUUUAGUUAACAUUUCCAGACUAUCCUAAGAAAAUAUACAACUGCCAUAUGUACCAGGAAUGCCUAAUGGACUGUACAGUGCCAUAUUCUGCCUUGGAGGUUUGUGUCUCGCUGUGACUGUUUCUCUCACAGGUAUGGAUGUGAGUUGCACAGUUCAAUUCUCAGUGCCUUUCAUGAAAUAAUGGAAUCAGUUAGAUUGGAAAAGACCUUUAAGGUUUUUCAUGUUGGUCUGAUAUUAAUGUGGCAGUGAUGUACGAGUUUGGUGUUUUUCUAAUGAACUUCCCUUGCCACUACAAAAAAUUUGUACAACUUCUUCAGUACCAAUAUGCAAGGGACUAAUAACAUAAAUCCAUAUAACAAAAUAAAGCUCUUUCAUAGACCUGUAAUUUUUCCAAGUAAGAUAAAUACUGCUAAGAAGCCAACUUUCAAAAAAUGAAUGAAUGAUGUCUUGGAAAACAACUGUUGAAAUAACAUAGGUCUGUUAAGUAUUUAGAUUAAUGCUUAAGUUCAACAUGUUUCACUGUGAGGGUGAGGGAACAGUGGCACAGACUGCCCAGGGGGGUUGUGGAGUCUCCUUCCUUGGAGGUCUUCAAGACUCGCCUGGACACCGUCCUAUGCCACCUGAUCUAAGUGAACCUGCUUCUGCAGGGAGGUUGGAUGAGAUGAUCUCUAAACGUCCCUUCCAACCCCUACCAUUCUGUGAUUCUAUAUCUUCUCAGAAAUAAUUUUAACUGGAAACAUUACCUCCUCUGAUUCUGAAAUCCCACCUAUUCAUCCUUUCCUUCAGGCUUGUGUCAGGCACAUCGGCUGGGGCCAACUGUCACGAUGUCACUUCCCAAACUGAUUUGUAAAUAGACCAGGGUACUUUCCAGUAAGGAAUAAAAUGAACAAUGUAUGUUGCUUAUAAAUGGCCUAUGGAAAAUGUGCCCUACUUCUGCUAAAUAUAAGGAACUAUCUAAAUGAAUAGUGUGCAGAUGAUACAGUGUCAGUGGAAAACAUUAAAUUUGAAAUUAUUCACGACAGCACCACUAUUUAUUUAUGCAGUGAAAUCUCAUCAAAUUUCUUGAGCAGCAGUAUUUUUCUACUCUUUCUAAAACUUGUUGUUUUACAUUAAAAAUGGUGCUUUCCAGAGGACUGUCCACCUGGGAAAUGCAGUUGUGUUUUGAGCAGUGAAGCUUAAUAAUUAAGGAUUACAAAAAUAAUUCGCCUCUAAAAAUUAGAGAUGUUUUUAGCUAGUUUGUAGGCAAAAAUUUUAGCUUGAUACAGACAUCCUUGGCUGGAAAUUAAGCUGCAAACAAAAUCAGAAGCCAUCUUGCAAAUCUAUGGAGGAGGAAGCAUGUUCUUUCCUAUGACCCACCCCCCUGUGACUCUCGCUGCAUUAUCUGAGGGCUUGUAAAUGGCUCCAAAGGUCUGGGCCUGAAUCCCUUGUGUGGAAGCAUUGUGUUAGGCUUUUGCAAGCAAUCCAAGACGUAGAGCAGACGUGGAGGGUAGUGGUCUGAUGUGACUAGCAAAACCAUAACUGAACGAUCUUCAAUGACUGAAAACAGGCAUUGUUUGAUAUACUGGGAUGACCUCACAGCUGCAUUUCUUCAGGUAUAAGUCAAAGCCACACACACAGAUUGGAGAAUAAGCUAACUCUUGUGAAUGGGGUGGGAAAAGGAGGAUGGCUAAUGAAAAACAUUUGUUCUCAUACUGUUCAAAGUCUAAAAGAAACAGUCUCUAGCCAUCUUCAGAAGGUAAAAAACCAAACCCUCAAGCUGAAUCAGUAGAUUCCUGGAAUCUCGACAUUUUAUAACCUUGUAUUUGGUUCAGUGUUGUAGUGAUUGCCCCAUGAACACAGGGUUUGCUUUAUACACUUGAUUAUCCAAGUGGCACCAGUGGUUUUUUUAAUCUUUUCUGCAGUUACCAUGAUAUAAAGGCUACAAUUACAAAACAUUUUGAAAGGAAGUCCACUCUUCAGAAUUAAUACGCAUGUUCAACCAAACAUGCAUCCUUCACCUCAGUCCUAGCAAUUUCAGCAAAGGACUGCUUUACUAUUAAAGGACUAAGAGUUCUGGAAGCCAUUUAAGAAAAGACUUUGAGGAUUUAAAAGAUCCUAAAACAGCAGUUCUUUCCAUUAAUUCAGUAGCUUCAGUAGCUUUUCACUAACAUGUAUGGAAAUGAACCAAUGGUUUCAGGCUGAUUUCGCAUCGUGCUAUAACUGGUAGUAUUUGAGGGGAAAAAAAAAGGUAGGAAAGUUUAUGAACUGAACUCUUGUGUUUAAGAUAAAGCCUGAAAACCUAUGCAUUCUUAGGUUGUUAUUCAUAAUUUUAUAUAGAGUCAAAUAUUUGUUGAAGGCAUUUAAGUUAGCCAAAAAAGUUGUAAUCAGGGCCACCAAGAUGAUCAGGGGACUGGAGCAUCUUCCUUAUGAGGAAAGGUUGCGGGAACAGGGGCUGUUUAUUCUAGAGAAGAGGAAACUGAGUCCCUUCCAACCCCUACCGUUCUGUGAUUCUAUGAUCUAGUUUAAUGGCAACGAGACUUUCAGUGCUUUCUUUCCUGUUACAUGGUAUAUGCAAUUGAAAGGAGCAGUCAGACCCAGGCUGGUUUUUUUGGUUUAUGAGCAAAAUAUUAUGAGCUCAAUGUUACAAACACAUCAAAAAGCCUAAAUUCUGCUCCAGUGUGAUUUUUAUUGAAAGAAUACAGUUGAUAAUAAGCUAAACAUGAGCGAGCAAGGUGCCCUCGUGGCCAAGAAGGCCAAUGGCAUCCUGGGAUGCAUCAAGAAGAGUGUGGCCAGGGUCAAGGGAGGUUCUUCUCUCCCUCUCUCCUCUGCCCUGAUGAGGCCUCAUCUGGAGUACUGUGUCCGGUUCUGGGCUCCUCAGCUCAAGAGGGACAGGGAACUUCUGGAGAGAGUCCAGCACAGGGCCACCAAGAUGAUCAGGGGACUGGACCAUCUUUCAUACGAGGAAAGGCUGCAGGAACUGGGGCUGUUUAGUCUGGAGAAGAGGAGACUGAGGGGGAAUCUUAUUAACAUUUACAAAUAUCUAAAGGGUGGGUGUCAGAAGGUUGGGGCAUCCCUUUUUUCUGUAGUAGCUAGCAACAGGACAAGGGGUAAUGGGAUGAAGCUGGAACACAAAAAGUUCCACUUAAACAUAUGAAAAACUAUUUCACUGUUCAGGUGAGGGAGCCCUGGCACAGGCUGCCCAGAGGGGUUGUGGAGUCUCCUUCCUUGGAGGUCUUCAAGACCCGCCUGGACACGUUCCUGUGUGACCUGAUCUAGGUGAACCUGCUUCUGCAGGGGAGUUGGACUAGAUGAUUUCUAAAGGUCCUUUCCAACCCCUACCAUUCUAUGAUUCUAUGAAGUGUCCAGUUACUAAUCCCCAUUAAUGCACGAUUUUCCAAAGGUCCUUACCUAAUCCACUGUGCUAGAAGUAAUACCCAAUCUUUCCGAUCCAAAGUUGGACUUUCUGUGAGCACACUUGAAAGACUGGGCAAACAGCUGGAAGUGUAAAUAAAAAAUAACUAUAUCGUA